AUAAAAUUUUUUUUAUAAUUUGUUCUAUGUUUGAAUUUGGUUAAAUACUUAAGCUAUAUUUUCAUUUAUAACAAGCAAGUAUUUUGAGUAUAUACCGUAUAUACAGUAUAAUCUCACUAAUACGGCAUUUUAACCCUUUCGCUUCGGCUCUCCAGUCCGCCGAAGUACUUGCACUGAACGGAGGCGCGCGUCGCGAAUAAGUCCAGUAUGCGUUGUUGCUGUAUAUAUGUUUUCCUGAGUCUUAAAUUACGAUUAUGCCAAAUAAAACAAUCUUUGCUACAAUAUAAUGAGUAUAAUUUACAUUUUUGAUAAGAAAACAUUUACAACUUACAAAGUUAUAAGUAAUAUUUUAAUGAUGAAUUAUUUAUGAUCCGCAAACAAAUAAUUAUAUUAAUGUAAAGUGAUUAGUAAUAAAAAUUACUUAUAAUACAAUUUCAAAGUAUCAGUCACAUCUUCUAUAUAGACAAAAUGGAUGAUAAUCUAUCAGAUAAUUUAUGUAAUGCUAUUGAAAGGAAAGAUUUAAAGAAAGUUAUAGAUUUGAUUUCCGAAGGAGCUAAUGUCAAUGCUUGUGAUCGUACUGGUAUGUUUCCUUUGCAAAUGGCUGUAAUGAAGGAAUCUAAAGAGAUCAUAGAAGAACUUAUAGAUAAGGGUGCUGAUGUUGAUAUUGAAGUUCAUAAUAAGAAACUUGUAGAAUAUGCAAUGGCAGAAAGUAACGAAGAUAUAGUUAAAUUAUUAGUGGAAAAGGGUGCCACUAUUAAAUUUCAUAAUAAUAAUGAAGAUAGUAUUCUACGUUAUCUUAUCAAGAAAGGCAUGUUGGAAUUGCUACAGUGUGUUAUUAAAGAAAUUGAUAUUAAUUUCCAAACAGGGGACGGUCAUACACUUUUAAUUAUGGCAGCCGAACAAGGACAAUUAGAAAUUGUUAAAUUUUUAUGUAAUAUGGGUAUUAACGUAAACGCACGCAGUUCUAGAAAUAGUACAGCAUUACAUUUUGCCAUAGGAAAUUCAUCCAAUCCGAACCUGGAAAUUGUACAAUUUCUCAUUGAUAAUGGUGCAGAAAUUGAUGUUGAAAAUGUAUUUGGUUAUACUCCAUUACAAAAUGCACUCUAUAAUAAAAAUUUUGAAGUAGCUAAACUUUUAAUAGAAAAAGGAGGUGCUGAUGUCAACAGAAUUUACAUAAAUACCCAUUAUGCUCGACAGAGAUUAGGAGGUACACUUUUACAUUGGGCUUGUCGAAAUUAUGAUGGAGAUGAAGCAAUUAAAUUCCUAAUAAAAAAUGGAGCAAAUAUAAAUGCUACAGAACAUGAUGGUAGAACACCACUUUGUUUAUUAGUAAAACACACUGGGACUCCAGAAAUGAUUAAAUUUUUGGUAGAAAAUGGUGCAUAUCUUAAGAAUACAGGUGGUGGUAGUCCUUUAUAUUGGGCUAUCUAUACGCGUAACAUACAAUUACAAACUUUAUUAAUAGAACUAGGUACAGAUGUUAAUGGCAUUAUAGAUAGCCAUGAUGAUUUCAAAGCACCAUUGCAUUUAACACACGAUGUAUCUGUAGCAAAACUUUUAAUAGAUAAGGGAGCCAAUGUAAAUAUUAAGGAUAGGUAUGGCUGUACACCAUUACAUAGUGUUUAUAAAAUUUCUGUAGUAAAAUGCCUUGUGGAAAAUGGUGCUGACAUUCAUGCCAAAAAUGAUGAUGGAGAAACACCUUUACAUAGAAAUUCGAAUUUUCCUAUAGUGAAAUAUUUAAUAGAGAAAGGUGCAGAUGUUAAUAUUUCUAAUAAAGACGGGUAUACACCAUUGCACUUUGCUAAAAAUGUAAUUAUAGCGAGACAUUUGAUAGAACAUGGUGCUAAUAUUAAAGCCGUUACAAAAGAUGGAGAAACUGUAUUACAUAGUAUUACUAAAGCAUAUUCAUGUUUCGAUAUAAGUUUUGAAGACAUGUCAAAUUUGAUAAAUUUUUUUCUAAAGAAAGGUAUACAUGUUAACGCUACUGACAUAUAUGGUAAUACACCAUUGCAUUUCAGUGCUGAAGAAAAUAACGAAUUUGCAACGGUUGUAUUGCUUGCAAAUGGUGCAAAUAUUUCUGCUACUAAUAUUGAAAAUAAAAUGCCAGUAGAUUUUGGUUACAUGUUACCACCUCUGAUUGCUAAUAUAGAAAAAAUGUUUGAUGCUGUAAAAGAAAAUAAACCUUGGAAAAAUAUUGAAUCUUUACUUAUACAUAGAACACGAUGCUAUAAUAUUACAUUAAAUGAUUUUAAAAGAAGUAUAUUACAUUCCAUGGUGAUGGAAAAUAAUGAACGUAUGGUGGAAAAUUUGUUUAAAACGUUAAAAUACAGGACUAAUAUAAUUAAUUGUAUUACGAAAUAUCAUUUGGUAAAUGCUCGAGAUAAAAAUCAAUGGAUGCCUUUACAUUAUGCUGCAAAAGAAGGAAAUGAGAAGAUUGUUAAAUAUUUAUUGAACAAUGGAGCAAUAUAUAAUGAUGGCUUUUCUAAUAAACCAAUACUACUUACUGAUAAUUUAGAAAUUAAAAAUAUACUUGAAUUAACAGAACAAUUGUUUGAAUAUAUCAAAUUAGGAGAUGAGACUAAAGUUGCUGAAUGUAUACGAAUAAAAAAAGAAAUUAUCAAUGCUAGACAGAAUAAUGGCAAUACACCUUUACAUGUUGCUAUUUAUUAUGAUCAUAUCAAUAUUGUAAAGCUGCUAUUAAAUAGUAAUGCUGAUUUUUUGGUAAUUAAUGAUACAAGAGAUACACUGUUACAUUUUGCUGCUGUUAAGGGUUAUGAGUAUAUAAUCAAAACUGUGCUAGAGAAAGCUACAAAAUCACAUGAUAUUGUCAAUAUAGAAACAGUAAAUGGCAUGACUGCAUUGCAUCUGGCUGCACAACACAAUUCUAUGAAAAUUGUACAACUUCUUUUGAGCUAUGGUGCAAUUUAUAAUGCAAAAAAUGAAGAUGGUCAAAUGCCGAUUGACUUAUCUACUGAUCAAGACAUCAUUAAUUAUUUCAAAUUUAUACAUGAAUUAUUUGAAGAUGCAAAUUAUGGAAGAACUGAAAUUAUAGAUAAAUUACAACAUUUAAAUAACGACGAUGGUUACGCAAUGAAAAAACUUCGUAAUCGGCAAAUGCAUACAUUGAAGGAUAUUUUACAAUUUAAUCAAUAUGACAAUAUUGUUGCACAAUUUUCAAAACUAUUUUUGGUUAAAUCGGAAAUAAAAAAAGACAUAUCCAAAACAACUGAACAAAAUGAAUAUUUCAGCGACAGCGACGAGGAUGAUUUUCCAUGUUUCGGUUUAUUUGAUUAAUUUAAAAUAAAAUAUAUUUUUAUGUAUA